UGUCAAAAAUCAUUAUGGUAUUUCAUCAUCUCCACUUGUAAACAAUCCUAUUUCGCUCCUUUUCCUUUUCUGCUGGGGCAAUAACUUCUGCCUUUCUCCCCAUAAAACUCCUGUUCUUUCUGCCCUUUCUGGCUCCUUCUAUUCCAAGUUGGAAGAAAAAGCUGUUUCAUCUCGCGUAAAUUUCAAUGGGCACAUGUCAUCCUGGCCCUUCUCUGAAGUUGUUGUCCAGCAAAGUGGGAUGCAUGCUUUGUGGUUGUGGCUCACUGGAGAAAUAUAAGAGGUUGGAUGAGAAACUUGAAAGGAAAAUGAUUGAAGUUAGGAGAACUGCUUCAGGACAUGCAAAUUUUAAAUCAAUCAAUAGCAUUAUUAUGAGGUUCCCUCAGUUUAAAGAGGGAUUAAAAAACCUCAGAGGUGCAUUUGAGCAGUAUGAUGAAGACUCUAAUGGAACCAUUGACAAAGAGGAACUUAAAAAGUGCUUAGAGAAACUGCAACUUCAUUUAAAAGAAGAGGAGGUUGAGGAUCUGUUCCAUUCAUGUGACAUUGAUGGGAGUGACGGAAUACAGUUUAAUGAGUUUAUUGUUCUCCUGUGUCUCAUCUAUCUUCUGAUGAAACCUGCUUCCUCUCCCGAUACAGCUUCCACAACAUCAAAGAUUGGUUCACCAGACAUUGAGGCCACUUUCAACACUAUUGUUGAGGCAUUCUUGUUUCUUGAUAAGAAUGGUGAUGGGAAAUUAAACAAGCAAGACAUGAUCAAGGCGUUGAAUGAUUACUCUCCAUGGGAAAAAUCCCCUGCACAUGUCACCAGGACCAGAUUCAAGGAAAUGGAUUGGGACAAGAAUGGGAUGGUCAGCUUCAGAGAAUUCCUCUUUGCUUUUGUUAGCUGGGUCGGAAUUGACAGUGAUGAAGAAGAAAUUCCUGAGGAAGGAAGCUAAAUGCAAACAAAAUUAAACACUCUGCUGUGAGAUCAGGUAUUGUCUUAGAUGUUUGUCCAUUUAUCUAAAACAUUCCCAGUACAUUAUUCCUAAGUGUUGCUAUUAUCUUAGAUAUUGAACCUCCGAAUGUAGUGUUAAAUUCGAACAGAUUAUUCUUGUUCUUUCUUUCUGUAAUCUAAUAUAUUGUGCCGUUUAAA